UGUAAAAUGCCACUUGAUUUCUUGGCAAAUUUGCAGUAACACGCAGAUCGUGUGCUACUAAAAUUGCACUUAAAAAAAAGGAUAGAUUCAACUGCAACUUUGUGAAAAAGGAGUAAAAAUUUCUUUCGCGAGCCUAAAAUCCGUCGUCUAUCUAGCUAAGGUGCUUGUUCGACGGACGUGGCAGAAGUCAGAUAUAUUUCAUGCUUUUCUUGUGUCAUGUGUACGGCCUGAUAAUAUUUAAUCCGCAUCGCGACUCCGCAGUAUAACAUAUAUAUUUGUAUAUACGAGGGGAUCGAACCGAUUGCGUGAAAAUCGCGCGAAAUGUCCUUAAUAAGAUCUCUAUGGAAAUGUACAUUCAGUCCGCGGCUCUUCAAGAUAUACGAAGUUACAUGGAUCGGUCAUCUGGUUGACAAAUCCUACGAGCCGAAGAACUUGGAGCGAUGGGGCGAUCAAAUUGUGAUUUCCUUUGCAGCAAUAUGGUCCAUAAGUCUUUACGCUGUACCUGUCAUUGCUACGUUUUUGUAUCAUCGUAGUUAUUCCUUGACAGACAACAUCUUCUGUUUGAGUAAAUUGGCAGCUAGUGUUGGUGCGCUUCUCAUUGCUUCGUUAGCUGCACGUGGUUACUCCAGAGCAAACAACCCCUGUUACGUAAAAUUUAUGGAGACCUUAAAUGAGGCUCAAUUACAGUAUAAUGAAAGGACAAAACAAGAGCUUCAUAAAUAUGACUUUGAAUUUUGGGCAUGGCCUGUAGAUUUUGAUAUUUUGGAGUUAAAAGGUGAUAAAAUUACAGACAAAUUGACACUAGAAAAGAUUGCAAACGCUAGUGAACGUCUGAGACGUCAAAGCGGCAAAGAUUUCUUAUUUGCUAUACCAUGUAAAUUACUUUCUUAUGUAGUAGCACAUACUUUUGCAAUCAAGGUGAUUUAUCCUGGCAGUGUAUCUUUUAUCAGCUGGGCACUCGGCUCUACAUUAAUGAAGGGAAGAAUAGAUUUAAUAAAACAGGGUGGAGAAAGAUUCAAGCUGAUGACAAUUGAUAAAAAUCAAAUUGAUACAGUGUUCGUCGAUCGACGCAACAAAAAUGCUAAUGGCGAUAUAUUAGUCAUAUCUUGCGAAGGAAACUGUGGUUUCUAUGAAACAGGUAUUAUAUCCACUCCUUUAAAUAAGGGUUACUCGGUAUUAGGCUGGAAUCAUCCGGGUUUUGGUAACAGUACUGGUGCACCAUAUCCAGACCAAGAAGAAAAUGCUGUCGAUUGUAUAAUGCGCUUUGCAAUCGAGCGCCUAAAGUUUCCUGAGGAACGUAUUAUCCUGUAUGGAUGGAGCAUCGGAGGAUAUACCGCUACCUGGACUGCUAUGAAUUAUCCUAAUAUUCAUAGCCUGGUUUUAGAUGCUACAUUUGAUGAUGUACUUCCAUUAGCUAUUAAAACAAUGUCACCAUCCCUAAAAGGUUUAGUCCGCAACGUAAUCAGAAGUUACUUUAACUUGAAUAUAGCAGAACAAUUAAACAGAUAUAAUGGAACUGUAUUGUUGGUGAGAAGAACAGACGACGAGAUUAUUUGUAUACCUGACAAUAGUUUAGCUGGAAAUCGCGGCAAUAUGUUACUGACAAAACUACUUCUUAGACGUUAUCCACAUUUAUUUUCUGAAACCUCUGAAUCUGGAACUGUUCUAUCGAGGUUCUUAUCUGCUGAAGCUUCUGAUAGAGCAUCGAUAUUAGAAUCGUCAAGAGUGGAUGAAAAACGUUGUUUAGAGCUGAUAGCAGCUGAUAUAAGAAAAAAUGAUGGGGUGAUAAAUUAUCCAUCUACUUUAGGACAAGACUGUAAUAUUAACACAAAAUUGCAGUUGGUUCUUUUUCUUGCAACAAUGUACAUGAAAGACCAAUCAUCAUCGCACUGCAUCCCGUUAACUGUUGAUCUUUUUCAUCCAGGUUGGGACCCAGCAUCCACAAUCACUGUAAAGUAGAUUUCUUGAUAUUAUGUCCUAAGAGUCAGAAGCUUUUCAAGAGAUUCUUAUUCUUAUAGUAUCGUACAAACGAGCAAAACAAUCCUCAGUGCAUUUUAUCAAGUUUUAAUUAACACACAUACAUAAGCAUUAUUUAUUUCAUAUUAAUAUAUUCAAUCUUUGGCAAAUUGUUGAAAAAAAUGUUACAUAUAGAUAUCUCAUUUUUCAUUCACAAUAAAACAUUCUUACUUAGUGA